CUAUAAACGACGACAACAUAAAGAUUAUGUGCAGUUAUAAACAACGAACAAAGAAAUUUUGAAUGCUAGACAAGCGGAACUAAGAAAACAGUUUUGUGACGGCAAGUUGAUCUUAUAUUGAAAAAGUUUAAAAAAAAAAAAUGAAGAAACUGAAGUUCCUAAAGUUAUUAUGUUUUAUUGUUUAUUGUGAAUGUCAAUAUUACAUGCAAGAUUAUGAAACUGGUGAGCAGCAAAACUUUACGGUUCAAAGUCCAAUCAGAAGCAAAACUUUGGAAAUGACAAUGAUGAACUUUUUGUCAAUACCCACCGCGAUAUUGAAAAGUCACCCUGACGUCACCGCUUUACAACUACCGUACAAUAAAAUUCGUUAUAUUGGGAAGCACGAUUUUCCAGAAAGUGCAUGCCGAGAGAUCCGAUAUAUAAAUCUUAAUGGAAACUUUAUUACUCGCAUUGAUGAAGAUGCUUUUUCUAACAUGCCAUGGUUGUUAGAAAUAGAUUUAUCAAACAAUUUGCUGACCGAAGUUCCGAAGAUAAAAGCUCCUAAACUACGUAAAAUCCAUAUGGACAAAAACAAAAUAAAAACUGUGAGUGCUGAAUCAAUGAUCCAUUACAAAAGCUUGGAACAUUUGGAUCUUGGGUUUAACGAAAUAGAAUCAAUUGAGCCAAACACUUUUGCUGAAAAUAAAGAAUUAUACUGGCUAGUUCUUAAAAAUAACCCGUUAAGAAGUAUUGCUGACAAUGCAUUUAAAGGGGCAAAGCGACUGAAUACAUUAUUAUUGCAAAACACUCUCAUUUCUCAACUACCACCACGAUAUGGCAUAAGUACGUUGGAGACUCUUAAUAUUAUGAAAGUUCCAAGUUUAUUUACAAUUCCAGAUCCUGAAAAUUUUAAGAAAUUAAAAAAGAUAUUUGUUACGUAUAGUAUGCAUUGCUGUGCCUUCAAAAUAGAAAGAGAAAUUCCAAAACUCAAUAAUACAAAACCAUGUCCAACUGAAUCUUUACAAGAAACAAAUGGUAAAACAAAACGUUCCCAAGAGAAAAAUAAAACAGCUUUUAACAAUCAAAUUGGUGGAAAUUCGUCGUUUGGAGAUAUGUUAAAUAUGUUCGGCGAUAUAUAUGACGCUUUUAACACGGAAUCUACGGAAAACUACUCUUUAUGCUCUGGAUUGGGCGAACUUGUUGGCGGUAAACCUUUUGAUACCCACAUUAAAAUUGAAUGCACUCCUGAGCCUGAUGCAUUCAAUCCUUGUCAAGAUGUAAUGGGAAGCAACGAGCUAAGAGGGUUUUCAUGGAUUAUUGGUAUAUGUGCAAUAAUUGGCAAUGUAUUUCAAUUAGUAAUUUUAUUUUACAGUAGACAGGAAUUGACUGUAUAUAAACUGCUCAUGUACAACCUUGGUGUGUCUAAUCUCCUCAUGGGAAUUUAUCUUAUUGUUUUAUGCUGUGUUGAUGCCUACACUUUUGGAAAGUACUAUAACUACGUGCAGAGCUGGCAGUUUAAAGGAGGUUGUCAAGUAUUUGGCUUUCUUGCAUUAUUUGCAACGAGUCUUUCAGUAUGCAGUCUUGUAUUGAUUACAUUUGAAAGAUACUUGCUUAUAAUUUUUGCAUUAUCCGUCGAAAAUCAAAUGAAACUUCGUCACGCAAAAGUUGGUGUAAUUUUCUCAUGGGUAUACUCAUUCUUAGUUGCAAGUUUACCGGUUGCUAACACUGUAAGCUCUUAUUCUAAAACGGCCAUCUGCUUGCCCAUGGAUACUGCAACAGCUGUUGCAGAAGGGUAUCUUGUUUGGUUACUCCUUGUUUACGUUUUAGCAUUUCUGUUUAUUGUGGUCUGUUAUGUGCGCAUUUACUAUAGUAUCAACGACGUACGGCCUGGUGUUCCUAACUCACAGAAUAUAGAUAUAAAAGUAGCUAAAAGAAUGGCCAUGAUAAUAUUCUCCAACUUUUUUUGCUGGUUACCUAUUAGCAUAGUUGGCUUGAUUGCAAUGUAUGGAGGUAAAAUGCUUGAUGUACGCGUUGCGAAAUUUCUUAUUGUUUUUAUUUUUCCGCUUAAUGCGUGCACAAACCCUUUUCUCUACGCAAUAUUUACAAAAGUGUUUCGAGCUGACACUAUUAGAAUAUUAAAUUCUUGUGGGUUAUUCAAGCAUGUAGAAGAGGAGCGCCAGCGAGCUCCCUCCUACUUUAAAUCGAAAAAACGUUCAGCAACCAACAUAAGUCAUUUCAUGCAUUUUCAAUCACCUGACCAAAAUAGAUUUAACACUCGAAAUUGUAAUGAAGACAUUGAACAACAAACGGAGUUUGACAGUCUUGAAACUCCAUUAAAUUCAACGGUUUGUUCAUCCAUUAAACCUCAGUCCGUUAUGCUUGAAGAUGGGAACGGUAUUAAUAAUAAAUGUUUUAGAGAAAACAAACAAAAAAGAUCUAACAGUUAUUCGUAUGAAGGAAAAAAGAAAGAACUAAGGUACAGAACCGAAUCAAAUGAAACAUCGUCAACCAGAAUGUCUCUACAUUCAAAUAAAGAAUCCGACGAAGACGAUUUUACAAAGAUAGGAUGCAGUGUUCAAGAGGCUUCUGUUUUGUUAGCUUGAAUCUUUAUUUGUUUAUAAUUUCUUUUUAAGUUUAAUGUAAAUAGUGUAUAAAUCAUGUAUAUUCAUUUAUUUUGUUCAUUUAUUUUAUUCAAACAUUUAUUUAUUCAUUCAUAUAUUUUAUUCAUUUUUUAAUAAUUUUAGGCGAGUGAAAUAUUUAAUCAUAUACUACAAAAAUGUAAAUAAUGAGUAUUUUCUCAACAAAAGUGUUUUUAGUUCUACAUAUAAGGAUUAGUUAAUCAACAAUGUACUUUAAACAAUGUUUGUCUUUAUAUCAGGGGCGAAUUCAAAAUUUUGAUUUGAGAGAGUUGGGAAGAAACUUAAGAGAGGGAGGUGGGUUGUGGGAGGGAAUUUAAAAGAGGCUUCAAUACCGAAAAAACGUUGACUUUAACUUUGUAUGUAUUUAAGAAUUGAAUAAAAGUUGACUUUUGAAGUUUCAAAUGGGGUAUAGUUACAGUUUUGACAUCGCCUCUGCUUUGAAAAAUAUCUUCCUUGAAAAUGUUUUUUGUUUUAAAUUUACUGCACAAAAAAAGAUUUUUUAUUUUUUAAAUUUUUUCAGUUGCUAUAUAUUUUAAUGAUAAAGAGUGCAAUAUAUUUUGCUAGUUAUUUCGUAUUUAAGGAGAAAGUAGAUUAACAAAUCUGUCUGUUUUGGGAAAGAAAAGUGCACGUGUCAGGCAACGUCUAAAUGUAAAGAUAUCAACAUAAAUAACUUGCAAUGCUUUGAAAAAAUAGUCAUAUCACAUU